AUGCCCAAACACGUAGUAUUCGACGUAGUAGGCACCUGCGUCUCCUACUCCGCCUUCUUCACCUCCAUCCAAAAAGUCCUCGGCCCCCGCCUCCUCGCCCACAACAUCACCCCAAAACUCUUCGGAUUCGCCUGGAUGGAAUCCUCCGAGCGAGAAUUUACUUACCUCUCUAUUUCCUCCCGCUAUAAACCUUACAAACAAGUUUUCAGCACAAUGUUCUACCGUAUACUCUGGAUGUCUGGAAUCGACAACCCUCGCGCCUUCGCAACAGACGCAGAAAGAGAUGAGAUGGUGAGAAGUUAUUCGGAUUUGGAAUUGAGAGAAGGUGUCAAGGAGACAUUUGCUGCGUUGAGAGAGGCAGGGUUUACGGUAUGGUGUUUGACCACGGGUGAUGUGGAAAGAGUGCAUGGGUAUUUCACAAGAGGCGGAGUGGAUUUCCCGAUUGAGAAUUUCAGGUCUUGUGAUGGGUUGGGGGUUGCGAAGCCGGCGCUUGCUGCGUAUAAGCCUUUGUAUGAGAGUUUUGGGGAGGAGGAAAAGUGGUUCGCUGCAGCGCAUUAUUGGGAUGUCAGUGCUGCGAAGAUUGUUGGGUUCAAGGGUGCCUAUUGUUCAGUAUAUGAGAAGGAGGAUUGCAAGGAAUUGUUUGAUGUUGACAUGGAUGUCAUGGCAGACACACUGCCGGAGAUGGCUCAAAAGAUCAUUGAAGCGUCGAAGUAA